AUGCAGGGUCUGAAAUAUCAUUAAGAAACUAGCCCAAUUGUUAUAUAUCUACAGGAAGAUGGGGUUGCGGAAUUUUUAGAGGCAAUCCUUACUUAAAGACAUUGA